AAUGGCCAAUUCACCAUAAUCGUCAGUCAGAUUCGUCAGAUCCUCGAAAUGCGCAACGCUGCAGACUCCAUAUUGAAAAUAGCUUUCGGUUUUAACGUCUGUAAUUCUGUAGCAUCGUAUCACCCUCGCUGGACAAGAUGGAGUCUAAAGGCCGACGUGUCGUCCAACAGUUGCCGGACGAUUUAACCAAUAUCGAAUUUGAAACCAGUGAAGAUGUUAAUGUUAUUCCCACAUUUGACAGCAUGGGCCUCCGUGAAGACCUGCUAAGAGGAAUUUACGCUUAUGGAUUUGAAAAACCAUCUGCCAUUCAACAAAGAGCAAUUGCCCCCGUCAUCAAGGGUAGAGAUGUCAUUGCCCAGGCACAGUCUGGUACAGGCAAAACAGCUACAUUUUCAAUUUCAAUUCUUCAGAGUCUUGAUAUUCAAACAAGAGAGACUCAAAUAUUGGUUUUAAGUCCUACAAGAGAGUUGGCUGUUCAAAUUCAAAAAGUCAUUUUAGCUCUUGGUGACUAUAUGAAUGUUCAGUGCCAUGCAUGUAUUGGUGGCACUAAUGUUGGAGAAGAUGUACGAAAAUUGGACUAUGGUCAGCACAUUGUUUCUGGAACCCCAGGACGUGUAUUUGAUAUGAUCCGCCGACGUACUCUAAGGACGCGCUCGAUUAAGAUGUUGGUUUUAGAUGAAGCUGAUGAAAUGUUGAACAAGGGAUUUAAGGAACAAAUUUACGAUGUCUAUCGUUAUCUGCCUCCAGCAACUCAAGUGGUCCUUCUUUCAGCCACAUUGCCUCAUGAAAUCCUAGAAAUGACCAGUAAAUUUAUGACAGAUCCCAUUCGCAUUUUAGUCAAACGUGAUGAGUUGACUCUUGAAGGAAUAAAACAAUUCUUUGUUGCUGUCGAACGAGAAGAAUGGAAGUUCGACACGCUAUGCGAUCUAUACGACACUCUCACUAUCACGCAAGCGGUUAUCUUUUGCAACACCAAGCGCAAGGUUGACUGGUUGACGGAGAAAAUGCGUGAGGCAAAUUUUACGGUGUCUUCCAUGCACGGGGACAUGCCUCAAAAAGAACGUGAUACCAUCAUGAAAGAGUUUCGCAAUGGCCAAAGCCGAGUUCUAAUUACAACAGAUGUUUGGGCUCGUGGAAUUGACGUUCAACAAGUUUCAUUGGUUAUCAAUUAUGAUCUCCCUAACAACCGCGAGUUGUAUAUUCAUCGCAUUGGCCGUUCGGGUCGGUUUGGACGCAAAGGUGUAGCAAUUAAUUUCGUCAAAAAUGACGAUAUUCGUAUUCUUCGCGAUAUCGAACAGUACUAUGCCACACAAGUUGACGAAAUGCCAAUGAACGUGGCUGACCUCAUUUAAACUAUCAAUCCAUUUCGGAAGCGGAAGACAAAGAAGUUGAUACGUCAUGGUUUUAUUUUGCUGAUUUUUUUUUUCUGUAUCCCCGAAGAUUUGGACACAAUAUAUGAAAACUUGUGGUCGUUUAAGCCAA